AUGAUUAAAAGGGGUAUCACUGAUUUAUUUUACUCCAGUAAAAAAUGUAAAGAAAAUAAGUCACUUACAGAAUUCAAUAGGAAAAUUUUUGUGUUAUUAAUAAAAAAUAAAUUCAUAAAUAUAUUAAAGAAAGAAGUUGACUAUUACAAUAAUGAAAAAAUUAUUACUUGUUAUAAUUCAAUUUUACAUAAAAAAGAAAACAAUAAAAUUCUUUUUUUUAAUAUAAAAAGAUUGUAUUCAAAUGUUAGUAAAAAUCUAACAAAAAAUAAAAAAACACGGAUUAGUUUUGAAGAAAUAGUAAAAAUUUUAAAAUCAUUAAAAAAUAAAAAUUUUAUAUAUGAAGAGAAAAAUAUGGAAAAAAAAAUGAAUUUUCUUUUGCCUCAUAUAUAUGAAGAAUGUAAAAAGAAUUAUGUUCACUUCUCUUGUAUCUUGUAUAAUUUUCAUAAAUUAAGAAAUAAUUUUUCGAAAGAAUACAAAGUAAAAAUAUACAACGAAUUUAAUAAUAUAUUUCUUUAUAAUAUUAAUCUUUUUAGCUUAAAAGAAUUAACUAUUAUAUUGAAAUGCUUAUUAGAAGAAAAUAAUAUGAAUAUUAAUAAUAUUGUCCUUUUUUGUUAUUAUAAAUUUAUCUAUUAUAUAAGUAUAGAUAUUUUACAUAAAAAAAAUGAUAUAUUUUAUUCUAUCUUCUUUUCCGUAUUAAAUGAUAAUUUUAAGGAACAUGCACACAAUUUUUUUGUCUUAAACAUAAAUACUAUAAACAAAGAUUCGGAUAUAAAUUAUUUUUACGAUCUAGUUUAUAAUUUAAAUCAACAUAAGAUUGUCAAAAUAAAUUAUUUUAAAAGUAAAUUAUCGAAAUAUUCAAAUAACUUUUUUAAUUUGCAUGAUGUAUCAUCUUUUAUGUCUUUAUUAAAAAAUUAUAAUUUAAAACUUUUGUCAUUCUAUGCAUUUUUAUCACAUUUGUGCAUAUCGUCUCGUUAUUUUGAUAUGCCUAAUCAUUUUCAAGAACAGCUAGAACAGAAUUUUUUAAUGUAUGAAAAAAAUGGAAAUUUUACUUUUUCUCAAAACAAAUCAUACAAUAAAUUAAAGAAAAAUAAGGAAAUAAAUGAGCGAACAGAUGAAGAAUUAUUCGAAAAAAAAAAGGAUGAAAUAAUAAGAGAUGAUAAAUUAUAUGAAAAAGAAAGUGAAAAAGUAACAAAAGUUGAAUUAGUUCGUUAUUUCAUAAAUAUGGACAAUAGAGAGUAUAUACCUCUUUCUUCAAUAUGUAAUAAGGAAAAUUUAAAUAUUAAUGAAAAUAUUCUUCACAGCAUUUCUUCCAUAAUUUUUAUAAGCAUUAAAAGAAAGCUUAAAAAUAAAUUUAUUUAUAUACUGACAAAUCAUCUAUUAUUAAAAUAUAUAAAUUAUAUAAAUUUAAUUGAUAUAUGUAAUAUACUUGAUUUAUUUAUCUAUGAUGCUAAAAAUUUAAAAAAACAAUAUACCAUUUUUAGUAAAAUGAAAAAUUUAAUUAUAAAAGAAACUAAUAUAAAAACUUUUGCUAUAUUCUGUAUAAGCAUAAUGAAAAUCAAAAAAGAGUUAAAUAAUUACUUUACCGAUAUUAUUAUUUCCAUAUAUAAAAUAAUUCUAAAUAAAGAAAAUAAUAAAAAUAAGUUUAUCAGGGAAAAUGUAGUAAUUUUUAUUAAUAUUUCAAAUUUUUUAUCAGACAAAAAAAUUAGUACAUUAUUUUAUUUAUAUUAUUUAAAUAAGUUUAAGAAUUUUUUGAAUUUUUUAAUUGUUAAGAACAGAACUAACAGUUGUAAUUUAUUUUUGAAUAUAAUCGAUAUUUAUGAUAUACUAAAAACGUCUAUCACUAUUUUUAAAAUUUAUGAAAUUAAUAAUUUUUCCUUAAAAAAAAAAAUAAAUCCUUAUUUAAGUUCAUUAUUGAUAUAUAUCCUAAAAUUUUUAGAAGAUUUGUGUUUUAAAAAAAUUAUUUUACAUGAAGAUGAUUUUUUUUAUUUUUUACGUCCUAAUUUAAACGAUUUUAAUAAAUUAAAAGUUUUAAAUAAAAUAUGUUAUUAUUUAAAUUUGUUAUUUCCUAUAGUAAAAAAUUUGAGAACAAGAAAUAUAGCUGAUAAUAAAACUGUACAACAAUUUUCAAAUAUUUUAUGCUCUUUUAAAAAUAGUAUAUAUAAAAAUUACGAAAUUACUCUUUUUAAUAAUAAGAAAAAUAAAAAUUACACAAAUAUUUUAAAUUUUAUAUUUAUAACUGAUGGCUAUAGUUAG